UUCAAAUCAGAAGAAGUUAACCUCCCAGUUUUAGGUUGUCCUCGUGUUUGCAUGUCGGGAAAAUAUCAUCACUAAAAUCUGUUCUGAUUCUGUGAUUUUUGCAGCGACUACAUUAAAUACGUCAGCAUGGCGUCUUACACCUGCAUCAGCUGUCGGGUGGCGUUUUCAGAUGGCGAGGUGCAGCGAGCGCAUUACAAAACCGACUGGCACCGCUACAACCUGAAGCGCAAGGUGGCCGACAUGCCGCCGGUCACUGCCGAAAACUUCCAGGAGCGCGUCCUGGCGCAGAGAGCCGCCGCCGAGCAGCAGCUGACGGACGCCGCGACAACUGAGAGCUGCACCGUCUGCAACAAGAAGUUCUCCAGCCCCAACGCCUACCAGAACCAUCUGCAGUCCCACAAGCAUCAGCAGGCCGAAAGGCAGGCGCUGCUUGCGGCUCAGAGGAAAGUGGAGAAGAUGAACGAGAAGAACCUCGAGAAGGGGAUCUGCGAACAGAAGGAGGACAACGACGCCAAGAACGAGGCCCUGCAGCAGGCGCUAAAGGAGCAACAGAGGCCCAGUCCGGCCAAGCUGGCAAAGGUUCAGGGUCCACAGGGAGCAGAGAAGGUGGAGAAACCACCACGGAUGAUGUGGUUAGAAGAGCAAAUGAAAAGACGUGAGGGAGGAGAAGCUGCAGCAGCAGAAGAGGAGUGGGAGGACGUUGAUGAUGAGGAUGAUGAUAUGGAAGAAGAUGUUGAAGAAGAGGAGACAAUGGAUCAGGAGGAAGGCUCUGAGGAUACGUCUGACUCGGAACCUCCCUGCCUGCCGGGCUCCAUCCCCGUCACAGACUGCCUCUUCUGCUCCCACCACUCCAGGUCGCUCCUGAAAAACAUCGCACACAUGACCAAAGUCCACAGCUUCUUCAUCCCAGACCUGGAGUUCCUGGUCGACCUCAAGGGCUUCCUCAGAUACCUUGGAGAAAAAGUCGGUGCUGGGAACGUGUGUUUGUGGUGCAACGAGAAAGGGCGUUCAUUCUACUCCACAGAAGCGGUGCAGAAUCACAUGAUCGACAAAAGCCACUGUAAGCUCUUCACAGACGGAGACGCGGCACUGGAGUUUGCAGACUUCUAUGAUUUUAGGAGCAGUUAUCCAGACAGAAAAGAAGGAGAAGACAAAGGAAUGGAUGAUGAAGAUGAUGACCAGCUGCCAGAUGACAAGAACCUGGAAUAUGAUGACGACACGAUGGAGCUGACUCUCCCUUCAGGUGCAAAGAUCGGCCACCGCUCCCUCAUGAGGUAUUACAAACAGCGGUUCGGGAUUCAGCGGGCCGUGGUUCUAAACCACAGUAGGAACGCUGUUGGCAGAGUCCUCCGGCACUACAAAGCUCUCGGCUGGGCAGGAGACACAGGCAGCGGCUCCGUCCACCAGAGACAGAGAGACAUGCAGUACGUACAGAGGAUGAAGUCCAAGUGGAUGCUGAAGACGGGGAUGAGCAACAACGCCACCAAGCAGAUGCAUUUCAGAGUCCAAGUUAUGUUCUAAGCUGGGAAAGAGGAGCUGAAGGAGUAACACAGACUGAGCUCAUAGAGCUGAAAGAUGGCCGCCAGCAAACAACAGAAACACAUUUUUGUCUCCUUUUGAUUGAACAGCACAGAUGAGUUAAUUAAAGGUCUGAUGACCUCAAUUCAAACCAUGAUGUGAUAAAGUUUCCAAGUCUUUGGGGUAAUUCAAAAAACGAAGGAACUGGUUUUGUUUAAUCACCCAAUAGAAUAAAGGAAUCUGAUCAACCUCAAUAUUUAAACCAUGACGGACUUAAGAAAAAAGCAAAAAUCACUUCAUAGAAGUUUUCUUCACUCAUACAAAAUGAAGGGAAAAUGUUCUAUGUUA